AGGAACUACGCCGGUCGAAAACUCCUAUCCCUGCAAUUCUUUCCAGUUCCAAGUUCACUCUAUACUCUCGUUUGGCCCUAUAUUGCCAUUCUUCUUCUUCAAUUCUGUCUUUUCCGUCACCUCUCACGUCAUCCUGGGCCGACCACCCCGAAGAGUUUAAGCUAAGCGAUCGACGGACUAGUAUGCAGAACUGACCAGGGACCACCCACGAACCGUAUCUGACGCGCCAACAAUCAUCGAGACUUCCUUUUGAGCCCUUCUUGAAUCCCAACAAACAACGCGCGACGCGACUCCGAGCUGUCCCGUUACAAACGGAACUACCGAUGAAGCGCAAGGACCGCACAGUGUCCAAACGUCGCUCCAAGCCGACCCUGAGAGUUGCGACCGGCCAGAACGGCUAUGUGAGAGACGGGAUGAAUUCCAACAUUGAAAUGCGCAAGAGGGAGACCUCUAUCGAAUCGACCUCGUCCGCACAAGCCUCCCGUAUUAUGUCCCGCCCCAGCUUCUCCUUAGACCACGACCCCCCGGUCACCCCGCAAACACCGGGACUAACCACGACGAGUUUCUCGAACCUCCCACCAAGCGAUAAGAGAAAUUUCUUGCUAUUAUGCGUCUUAUAUUUUCUUCAGGGAGUGCCCAUGGGAUUAGCCACAGGAUCGGUCCCAUUCCUCCUCAAACCCUACCUGUCCUACGGCCAGAUCGGUGUCUUUUCCCUCGCUUCGUACCCCUACUCGCUCAAACUUCUAUGGAGCCCCAUUGUGGAUGCGGUCUGGAGUCGGAGGUUUGGUCGCCGCAAGAGCUGGAUCACUCCGGUCCAGGUGAUUGCCGGAUUGGCCAUGAUCUAUAUGGGCGGGAAAAUUGGUGAUAUGAUGGUGCAGGCGGGCGCUAACGGGGGCGCUGGGGUCUGGAACUUUACAUACUGGUGGUUCUUGCUGGUGUUUUUCUGCGCCACGCAGGACAUUGCGGUGGACGGAUGGGCCAUUACGCUCAUGUCCCCACCAAACAUCUCCUAUGCCUCGACCGCCCAGACGGUCGGCUUGACAGCGGGCCAUUUCUUGUCGUACACGGUGUUCCUCGCAUUCAACUCGCAGGAUUUCGCCAAUCGCUGGUUCCGGGCCACCCCCGGAGAGGGGGGGCUACUUUCCUUGGGGACGUAUCUGACGUUCUGGGGCUGGGCGUACCUGGUGGUGACGACUUGUCUGGCAGUCAUGAAGAAGGAAGACAAAACCCAUGAGCGGGACAGUAUCUCGGAUGUGUAUAAGAGCAUGUGGAGCGUACUUAAACUCAAGAACGUUCAGACCAUCAUUCUGGUGCACCUGAUUGCCAAGAUCGGAUUCCAGGCCAACGACGGCGUAACCAGUUUAAAGUUGUUGGACAAGGGCUUUGGACAAGACAACAUGGCCUUGGUCGUGCUGAUUGACUUCCCGUUCGAGAUUGGCCUGGGCUACUACGCUGGCAAAUGGUCGACCGAGUAUACUCCCAUGCGCCUAUGGUGCUGGGCGUUCAUCGGACGACUGGCGGCGGCGGUUCUGGCGCAGUUCACCGUUAUGAUUUAUCCGUCGGGAUCGGAAGUGCCGUUUUGGUAUAUGCUGACGGUGAUUGGGGAGCAUGUGUUGUCCACUUUUAUGAACACGGUCAUGUUUGUGGCUGUAUCCGCGUUCCAUGCACGCAUCUCCGAUCCCGCGAUUGGAGGGACGUACAUGACGCUACUGGCUACUGUCUCCAACCUGGGCGGCACAUUCCCACGCUACUUCAUCCUGAAGCUUGUGGACAUGUUCACUGAAGCGACAUGUACCCCUCCCAGUGUUCCUCCUGCGGCGGACCAGUUGAAGGGUGAACUGGUUACAGCGCCUUUCUCUUGUGCUCUGGAACCCGACAAGAACCGUUGCACAAAUGGCGGCGGUUCCUGUCACACCCUCCGGGAUGGAUAUUACACGACGAACAUUAUCUGCGUUUUGAUUGGCACUGUCACCUUUUUCAUGUUUAUCCGACCGGCCGUGCUGAAGCUGCAGGGACUUCCCCUGCGGGCGUGGCGGUUAUCCCCGAACGGCAGGCAAUAGACCGGCCAAAUAGAGAAAAAACGAUAAACGGGUUUACUAUAGAUGGACACGGGCGGUAUUGUUUGCAACAUUCCUGCACGGUCGAUGUAUUAAUAGAACUGUGGACCAAGAUCCCUGCAUGCUAAGAAAUGAGGGUUGCAUCGCUGUAUGCUCAGUCGUCGACUCCUCCUGCUCCUCUCGUAGUUCAUCACAUCGGCGAGCCAAUGGCCGGGCCGGUGGAAGUGCCCCGGGGUUUUGUCAUUUGCCGUGUUUCGGGUGGCCGCAUUAGUGACUUCGGGUUCCUGGCAAUUUACAAACUCAAUGAGUAGUCAGGUGGAUCAAAAAAAGAAACAAAAAAGGGACCUGGUCGGUUUCCCCUAUAAAUAAAUUCCAACCCCUAGCCACCUCGUUCUAGAUCG